AUGGCUCUGCGAGUGUUUCUGCUGCUGCUGCUGCUGCUGCUCCUGGGUGGAGCACAGGAAAUCCCGCAUGCAGCAGCAGCAGCAGCAGCAGCAGCAGGAGCUGCAGCAGCUAGUGGAGCGGCUGGCGGACAGCAGCAGCAGCAGCAGCAGCAGCAAACGCAGCAGCAGCAGCAGCAAGGCGGAGGGCCCCUUCCUGCAGCAGCAGCAGCAGCCACAGCACCCGCAACAGCAGCAACACCGACAGGAGUAGCAGCAGCGCCUGCUGCUGCUGACCCUGCUGCAGCUGGAGUCUCGACGCAGCAGCUGCAGCAGCAGCUGCAGCAGCUGGAAGACCUCGAGCAAAAGAUGCAGCAGCUGCAGCAGCUGCAGCAGCUGCUGCAGCAGCAGCAACAACAACAACCCCAGCAGCAACAGCCGCAGCAACAACAACAACCCCAGCAGCAACAGCCGCAGCAGCUGCAGCAGCCGCAGCAGCUGCAGCAGCCGCAGCUGCAGCAGCAGCUGCAGCAGCAACCGCAGCAGCAACAGCAGCAACAGCAGCUGCCGCAGCAGCCGCAGCAGCCGCGGAAGCCUGAGCACCAAGUGCUGCUGCAGCUGCAGGAGAUGGUAGAGAGAGAGCAGUUGGCGAAUAAGGCGCAGCAACAGCAACAGCAACAGCAGCAACAGCAGCAGCAGCAGCAACAGCAGCAACAGCAGCAGCAGCAGCAGCAGCCGUUGAGCGUCAGCAGCGUGACAGGGGGGCUGAAUAUGAAGGAGCUGUUCGAUCUAGCGCACCAAGCCCUGGAGAAGAAGAGUGCUGCUGCUGCUGCUGCUGCUGCUGCUGCUGCUGCUCCUGCUCCUGCUGUUCCUGCUCCCGCUGCUGCUGCUGCUCCCACUGCCGCUGCUCCUGCUGCUGCUGCUCCUGCUGCUGCUCCUGCUGCUGCUGCUGCUGCUGCUGCUGCUCCUGCUGCUCAGCAAGGUGAUGGUACUCCUUCUGUUGCUGUUGCUGCUUUGAUGUCGCCGCGAAGCCCCUUAGAUGCAGCAGCAGAAGCAGCAGCAGCAGGGAUGGAAGCAGCAGCAGAACCAGACAAACACAUCAUGAAGCAGCUACAGCUCCUCACAAACACCAGCAGCAGCAGCAGCAGCAGCAGCAGCGCAGCAGCAGCAGCAGCAGCAGCAGCGACAGCAGCAGCAGCAGCGACAGCAGCAGCAGCAGCAGCGAAGACGAGGAUGAUGAACAGUAUUGUAAAAUCCUAA